AUGGCCGAAACUAAAAUUCAAAUAGCCAAAGCUCAAUUAGAUGAAUUUAAAGCUUUAGAAGAAUUUGAACAAAUAGCUACUCCAUCUCAAUGGAACAUUCAUUUAGCUUUAAAACCUAGAAUAAAACUUUGGUUAACCAAAAAUAAAAAUUACUUGGCUGCUCUUAAACGUGUCGAAUAUGAUAUGCCUCCAAAAUUUAUUGAAAAAGUUGAUUUAUCAUUUAAAAUUGAUGAAUCUAUUAUUAAUCAAGAUGAAGCUCAAGCUACAUAUAAUCAAAUGCGUCAAAUUACAAAAGAAUUUCGUACACAAGCAAUGACAUUAUAUGUACAAUCCUUAGGCAGAGAAAAUGAAUUAUUAUCAAAUGAAAUUAAACGUAUUAUUGAAGGCUUUCCUCAAGAAAACGAUGAGGGAUUUGAUGCUGAACCUGGACAUGCAGCAUUUAAACAUUAUCAUAAUUUACGAGAAAAAAGAUUAAAUUUAGAAGCUGAACAAUCGAUUCAUUUUUUAUCCGAAGAACGAGUCGAGGGCGAUACAAACGAUCCGGAAGAACAUGAAUUGCUAAAAUUAGGUCCUCGGUUUAUUUAUAAUGAUCCAAAAACGGCAUCUCGACGACGUACAACUGAGUUGGCUACUCUUAAACGAAAAAUUGAAGCUCGUUUCUUUGAAAAGAAAGUCAGCCCCGGUCGUCCAGUCGAACAAUUUAUUGCCGAAUUAGAUAUUUUACUUCAGAAAUUACAUGAUACCCGUGGAAAUCCUCGAAAAUUAAGAAAUAUAUUAAAUCAAAAUAACACAUAUGAUAAUUUAGUUUCUGGUAUAGAAUCAAGUCAGUCUCAAGAUAUUAAUUCUAGAAUUAUUAUUAAAAAGAAGAAAAAUUAUGGACGAUUAAUUAAACGUUUAAAAUAUAAGCUUCAUUUGAAAAAUAUUGUUCUUCAAAAAUCUGAUAAAAACAAAGUGUUCCAUCUAGGUAAACUCGACGAUUAUCACAAAAAAUCAGAAGAAUAUAUGGAUAAAACAAAAGCCUACAAAUGCUUAGGUACUGAAGAUCCAUUACCUGAUCUAAUUCAUCGUACUAAUAAAUAUUUAUUAGAUUUACGGUUAGCCAAGUGGAUUACCCAAAAACAAUAUGAAAAAUUAUGUAUUAAUUCAAAUGAAGUUGAACUUGCUCAUUUAUAUUAUUUGCCCAAAGCUCAUAAACCUGGUACUCCUCUUCGUCCAAUAAUUUCUGGUCUUAAACACCCUACAAUUAAAAUAUCAAAAUUUCUUGAUGAAUUACUUCGACCUUUAUUUGAUAAAAUGGCUUUAGAGACAACUGUAACUUCUGGUUUUGAAUUAGUUAAACAGUUGCAAAAAUGGUCAAGUAUCAAUAUACGUCAAGAAACCAUAUUUUGUACAGUUGAUGUUGCAGACCUUUAUACAAUGGUACCUCAAACUGAAGGAGUACUCUCCUUAAAGAAAAUGUUAGACCAUUUAAAAUUAAAACAAGUUGGUGGUCUUAAAAUUGAAACAAUAAUUAGGCUAAGUCGAUUUGUGAUGCAAAAUAAUUAUUUUUCUUAUAAUAGCCAAUUUUAUCAUCAAAUUCGUGGAGGAGCUAUGGGUUCUCCUCUUACACUAACUGUUGCUAAUUGUUAUAUGUUCUUUUUUGAAAGACAAAUAGUUAAACAAAUUAGCAAUAGUGGCGGACUGUAUUUUCGAUAUAUUGAUGAUAUAUUCUUAGCAAUAAAUUGGCCUAUUCGACAUUUAAUGAAACAAAUCGACAGAUGGAAUCAUUUUGAUCAAAAUAUCAAAUUAUCAGAAAAUAUAGGUUCAACAGCUGAUUUCCUUGAUUUACAUAUAGAAAAUCAGGAUGGUCAACUGUUCACUACAAUUUUUCAGAAACCAUCUUAUGAACCAUAUUAUCUGCCUUUCAAAAGCAUUCAUCCAUUACAUAUGAAGAAGAAUAUAAUAUUUACUAUGUUACUUCGUGCUAUAAGGUAUUGUUCCACAUUUCAGGAUUAUCUGAAUGAACGGGAAAAAUUAAGAAUGGCACUUUUAUUAAACAAAUAUCCAAAUAAAUUUAUAGAUGAGCAAUUUAAUAAUAUAUUAUUAAAAUUAAAUACCCAAUCAUUAACCUGUAAUAAUUAUAUUAAUUGUCGUCAAGAAGUUAUAGAUUCUCCAAUUAGAGAAAAAGUACCAGUUGACUAUUGUAAAACAAUAUUCGUACACUUUACAUAUUGUUCAAGUAUGAGAACAUUUCCAAGAAAAUUCCAUACUCUUUGGAACAAAUAUUUUGGCGAAUCCCCUAUUAAUGAAGUGUUACCUGUCCUCGGUACACGUAAUGUUAAAAAUUUACAACGACGAUUAAUCUAUACUAGAUAA